CUCCCACUUCAGGUUCUCCCUGGGCCUCCGUCUCACCCCUGCCAAGCCCUGCUCUCCUCCUGUGCCAGGGGCAGCCCAGACUCCCCCCACUCCCUUCAGAGACCUCGCAGCCAGGUCACUCAGUGUGGGGGGAGGGAGAGGGGCGGGAGGGCUGCAGGGUUCCCCUUUGGCUGGGUGUUUCUCAGUGGCUGCAAGGCUGCUGAUAAAAACCCCAGGAUAUUGAGUCAUCAUGGUGACUAGCUGGUAGUGAGCAUCAUUCCACUCUGCCCUGAACACUCUUGCAGGGGUAGAAAGCUCGAAGGGGUAGAAAGGGGUAGAAAGCUGGAAACUUCUCUCAUGGAAUCUCAUAACCUGAGCUCUUCCUCUCCCCUCCUUUCUCUCCCUCCCUCUGCUCUCCCUGCCUCCCUCCCCACCUCCCUCCCUCCCUUCCUCUCCUCCUCUUCUUCAGCCUUCACCACAGACUUGGGGACCACCAGAGAGGCCACGGUUUCCUGCUUCCCAGCCUUCUCCCCCACCGUGUCUGCCCUCCUAGCGCCGAUCCUGGGUAUGGAGUUCGUCCUGGGCCUGGUGGGGAACAGCUUGGCGCUCUUCAUCUUCUGCUUCCACACGCGGCCCUGGACGUCAAACACGGUUUUCCUGGUCAGCCUGGUCAUUGCCGACUUUCUCCUGAUCAUCAACCUGCCCCUUCGCGUGGACUACUACUUCCUGCAGGAGCACUGGCGCUUUGGGGCCACCGCCUGCAAGCUCAACCUCUUCAUGCUGUCCACCAACCGCUCGGCCAGUGUGGUCUUCCUCACGGCUGUUGCACUCAACCGCUACCUGAAGGUGGUGCGGCCCCACCACGUGCUGAGCCGGGCCUCCGUGUGGGCGGCCGCCAGGGUGGCCGGGGGGCUCUGGGCCAGCAUCCUGCUCCUCAACGGGCACCUGCUUCUGGCUGCCUAUACCGACGGCUCCUGCCUCAGUUACCAGCUGAGCGCGAGGUCCUCGGCCUCACUCCACUGGCACCAGGCCCUGUUCAUGCUGGAAUUCUUCCUGCCGCUGGCCCUCAUCCUCUUUGCCAUUGUGAGCAUUGGGCUCACGAUCCGGCGCCGCAGCCUGGGGGGGCAGGCGGGCCCGCAGAGGGCCGUGCGUAUGCUGGCCACGGUGGUGGCCGUCUACACCGUCUGCUUCUUGCCCAGCAUCGUCUUCGGCAUGGCUUCCAUGGUGGCCUUCCGCCUGCAUGCCUGCCACGCCCUCGACCUCUGCACACAGCUCUUCCACGGCUCCCUGGCCAUUACUUACCUCAACAGUGUCCUGGACCCCGUGCUCUACUGCUUCUCGAGCCCCAACUUCCUCCACCAGGUCCAGGCCCUGCUGGGCCUCAGCCAGGGCUGUCAGGGACCAGCCAGUGACGAGAGCUCCUACCAGCCCUCCACCCGGCGCCGGGAGGCCUCUGGGAAGGCGCAGGCUGCAGAGAAGCUGCAGGUGGAGGUCUCGCUGGAGGGCCCGCUCAAGUAAGGAGGUCCCUCCCGAGACUGGGGGUUCACAGGGCCGCAGGAGGAAGGAUGGCCGGGCUCUGACCUGGAGGGAAAAUGUUGCCAGCACAGGGUGCCUCAACCAGCGGGACAUCUGCAGGAGCCAGGUGGGUGGCAGGGGAAGGAAAGGGUCUUGACCUUACACAGCAGUGUGUCCCAGAUGACAUCCCCAGAGCACAGGAAAGAGCCCGACGGCAGGUGGAGACAGGCAGGGGCUGUGACAGCUCCCCUCCAGACAAAGGGCCACCCAGCAGCCCAGUCCAGGAGCCAGAAUGUGAGGACUGAGAGCACAAGUCUUGCUUUGGAGAUUGGACAGCCACAUUUUCUGUCAUCUCUAACUUGUCCCUUUCAAUGCUAAUAAACUUCCUUUUGA